AUGUACUGCCCGCUCCUUAAGGUCGGCUCCACGUUCUUCAGGCGUGUGUUUUACGCCAUGCGGGAGAAGAGACGCCUAUCCAACCCGUACAUCGUGCCCAUCAACCAGGCGCUCGCUGCCAAGCGGACGGUUCUUGAACAAAUUUUGCCACUAGACUCAGCGGACACGGCAGCUUUUUUAAACAGUUCGACGUCCAUCAUGUUCGUAAGAGAACCGUUCUCGAGGAUACUGUCUGGAUACGUGGACAAGCUCUUUGCACCCAAUCCAUAUUUCUGGUCCCAGAUCGGGAGGCAUAUUAUUUCUAAAUUUAGGCGUGACGCCAAACGAUCGGAGAUAUUGUGCGGCCAUGACGUGACGUUCACUGAGUUUAUCGAUUAUUUGAUAGACGGCGAGCUUACGAAUGAUUCGCACCGUGACGCGCACUUCACACCCACGUACGACCAGUGCAAGCCGUGCCAGCUGAACUACAGCGUCAUAGGAAAGAUGGAGACCUUCCAGCCUGAUGUGGCGUACACCCUGCACCAGCUCGGGUACAACGUCAGUAAAGAAAAGCUAGGACAGUGGGCGCGGGACGCGACCCACGAUGCUAUCCUAGACUCGACCGUCAGUCCGUUCGGUUGGAAGUUCACGAUCAAGAAAUGCAUGUCGUGGCACGAGAGCUUAAAAAGAAUGUGGAGAAAGAUUCAAAUCCGGGGGAUAAUUUCAAUGGAGGAAAAUUUUCCCUGGUCCCCGGAUUACAGUGAAAAGUUCGUGUCGGUUCGAAUGUUCACGGAGCGCGUUAAAAAACUAAACGCGGCGGCGGAUAAGCUGAAACUGAAGAAACAAAAAAUAUCAGUUUUAACCGAAGCAUUCAGCAAUAUCAAAGUUGAAAAGUUAUUGAAGCUGGUGGAGAUUUUUAAACCAGAUUUUCAGCUUUUCCAAUAUGACAUGCAUCCG